GGAGUGAUCGAAUUUUCCUUCUGCCUUUUGUUUGCCAAACUAGUCAGCUACACCUUUCUCUAUUGGCUGCCUCUCUACAUCGUGAACGUUGCCCGCUUAAGUGCAAAAGAAGCUGGAGAUAUGUCAACUCUGUUUGAUGUUGGCGGCAUUAUUGGGGGCAUCAUGGCUGGUCUCAUCUCAGACUACACUGGUGGCAGGGCCACCACUUGCUGUGCAAUGCUUAUCCUGGCAGCUCCCAUGCUCUUUUUGUACAACUAUGUUGGCCAAAAUGGACUAGGUACAUCCAUAGCAAUGCUCAUUAUCUGUGGUGCCCUUGUCAAUGGACCCUAUGCUCUCAUUACAACUGCUGUUUCAGCUGAUUUGGGUACUCAUGAAAGUCUCCAGGGAAAUGCAAAAGCUCUCUCCACAGUCACAGCCAUCAUUGAUGGAACAGGAUCUGUGGGUGCUGCCCUUGGGCCUUUGUUAGCAGGUUUGAUCUCCAGUUCUGGUUGGGACAAUGUCUUCUACAUGUUGAUUUCAGCCGAUGUUUUGGCGUGUCUGCUCCUUUCACGAGUGGUAUUCAAAGAAAUUCGAGGUUGGUGUGGAUGCUAUACAAGAAAAAGAGGGUCAAUCACCAUUUUUUGAACAGUCAUGCUCUGGGGCCAUAAAUCCCGCUUUAAAGAAUUUUGAUA